GCUUUCUUUCUUUCUAAGUAGCUUAAAGUUGCAGUACACACUCCCAUCCCACCACCACCGUCUCUCUAAUCUCACCCUUUUCUCUCUCUCCUAGGGUUUGCUACAUUCGCUGAAUCAAACCACAAGUAGACGAAUGUAACUAGAAAACAUCAUUUGUUUGUGUUAAUCUCUUCGUAUUUUGCCGUUUUUGGGUAUUUUGGGUUUGAAGUUUAAUGUUGGAGCACGGUUGCUGUAUUUGAGUUGGUGGUUUGAGAGUGAAGAAAAAUGACGUCGAGAGGUGGAGGCAGUGGUCCGUCGGAUCAACCGCCGCCGCCGCAGCGGCGGAUCAUGCGGACACAGACAGCAGGGAAUCUCGGAGAGUCGAUAUUUGAUAGUGAGGUGGUUCCCUCGUCGUUGGUCGAGAUUGCUCCUAUUCUUCGUGUGGCUAAUGAAGUCGAGCCUAGUAACCCCAGGGUUGCUUAUCUUUGUCGAUUUUAUGCAUUUGAGAAAGCUCAUAGGUUGGAUCCCACUUCUAGUGGACGUGGUGUUCGUCAAUUCAAAACUGCCCUUCUUCAGAGGCUUGAAAGGGAAAAUGAUCCAACCUUAAUCGGGAGAAUGAAGAAAAGUGAUGCACGUGAAAUGCAGAGUUUUUACAGACAUUACUACUCAAAGUACAUUCAAGCUUUGCAAAGUGCUGCUGAUAAGGCAGACCGUGCUCAGCUUACCAAAGCAUACCAAACCGCUAAUGUUCUCUUUGAGGUUUUAAAAGCUGUUAAUCAGACACAAUCAGUGGAAGUUGAUCGCGAGAUUCUGGAAACACAUGAUAAAGUUGCACAGAAGACAGAGAUCUAUCUCCCCUACAAUAUUCUACCUCUUGAUCCUGAUAGUGCCAAUCAGGCUAUUAUGAUAUUCCCAGAGAUUCAAGCUGCUGUUGUUGCUCUUCGUAACACAAGGGGUCUUCCAUGGCCUAGGGAAUACAAGAAGAAAAAUGAAGAGGACAUUCUAGAUUGGCUUCAAGCUAUGUUUGGGUUCCAGAAAGAUAAUGUGGCAAAUCAACGGGAGCAUCUAAUUUUAUUGCUUGCAAAUGUUCAUAUUCGCCAAAUUCCAAAACCUGAUCAACAGCCCAAGUUGGAUGAACGUGCAUUGAAUGAAGUGAUGAAGAAACUUUUCAAGAACUACAAGAAAUGGUGCAAGUAUUUGGACAGAAAGAGUAGUCUUUGGUUGCCAACAAUACAACAAGAAGUUCAACAGCGUAAAUUGUUAUACAUGGGCUUAUAUCUUCUUAUAUGGGGAGAGGCUGCAAAUUUGAGAUUCAUGCCCGAGUGCCUCUGCUACAUCUAUCAUCAUAUGGCUUUUGAACUAUAUGGAAUGCUAGCUGGUAAUGUCAGUCCAAUGACUGGUGAGAAUGUGAAACCAGCUUAUGGAGGAGAUGAAGAGGCUUUCUUGACAAAAGUGGUUUCUCCUAUUUAUGAUGUCAUAGCACAGGAAGCUGCCUGGAGCAAAGUAGGGAAAUCGAAACAUUCCCAGUGGAGAAACUAUGAUGAUCUAAAUGAAUAUUUCUGGUCAGUAGAUUGUUUCCGGUUAGGGUGGCCAAUGCGUGCUGAUUCUGAUUUUUUCUGUGGGCCCAUGAAGGCCAAUGAGUCUGAUAAAAAUGGGGAUGGAAAAUCAUCUGGAGGUCGAAGGGCUGCUAAAGUGAAUUUUGUUGAGAUACGAUCAUAUUGGCAUGUUUUUAGAAGCUUUGACAGAAUGUGGAGUUUCUUUAUAUUAUGCUUACAGGCUAUGAUUAUUGUUGCUUGGAAUGGCGAUGGAAACCCGACCAAAAUAUUUGAUUCUGAUGUUUUUAAGAAAGUAUUGAGUGUCUUUAUAACUGCUUCAAUAUUGAAACUUGGUCAAGCUGUUCUUGAUGUGGUGCUAAAUUGGAAGGCAAGACAAGCAAUGCCCUUCUAUGUGAAGCUAAGAUACGUUUUGAAGGUUGUAACAGCUGCUGCAUGGGUUAUAGUCUUACCUGUUACUUAUGCUUAUACAUCAAAAGAUCCAGAAGGAUUGGCUCAGACCAUUAAAGGGUGGUUUGGGAACAGCUCAGGUUCCCCAUCAUUGUUCAUUUUGGCUGUUGUUGCCUACUUGUCACCCAACAUGCUUGCUGCUGUGUUGUUUUUGUUCCCCUUUAUAAGGCGUUACCUUGAGAGUUCAGACUACAGAAUUGUCAUGCUCAUGAUGUGGUGGUCUCAGCCUCGGCUUUAUGUUGGAAGGGGAAUGCAUGAGAGCACAUUUUCUCUUUUCAAGUACACGACGUUUUGGAUUCUGCUCAUUAUUACGAAGCUGGCAUUCAGUUACUAUUUAGAGAUACAACCACUUGUGAGUCCUACAAAAGCUAUCAUGAGUGUUCAUAUCAAUACCUAUGCUUGGCAUGAGUUCUUCCCCCAGGCAAGGAACAAUAUUGGUGUGGUGGUGGCACUUUGGGCUCCAAUCAUUCUUGUGUAUUUUAUGGAUACCCAAAUCUGGUAUGCUAUAUUCUCUACAUUAUUUGGAGGUGUGUAUGGUGCAUUCCGUCGUCUUGGAGAGAUUCGAACUUUAGGAAUGUUGAGAUCACGUUUUGAGUCGUUACCUGGUGCGUUUAAUGGCUGUUUAAUUCCACCUGAGAAAAGCGAUACAGUGAAAAAGAAAGGACUUAAAGCUACCUUAUCUCGUAAUUAUGAAGCAAUCUCCUCCCAUAAAGGGAAAGAAGCUGCAAGAUUUGCUCAGUUAUGGAACAAAAUCAUCACAAGUUUCAGAGAGGAAGAUCUUAUUAAUGACAGGGAGAUGAACCUCUUGCUUGUUCCAUAUUGGGCAGACCGAGAGUUGGACCUGAUACAGUGGCCUCCUUUUCUGUUAGCUAGCAUGAUUCCUAUUGCAUUGGAUAUGGCAAAAGACAGCAAUGGGAAAGAUCGUGAGCUGAAAAAGAGAAUCGAGAAUGAUAAUUACAUGUCUUGUGCUGUUCGUGAAUGCUAUGCUUCCUUCCGCAAUAUCAUUAAGUUUUUGGUUCGUGGAAGACGAGAGCAGAAGGUUAUCAAUGAUAUAUUUGAGGAAGUUGACAAACAUAUUGAUGAAGGAGAUAUAGUGAGAGAAUUCAAAAUGAGUGCUCUACCUAUCCUCUAUGACCACGUUGUCAAGCUUAUCAAUUACUUGUUAACAAAUAAGCAAGAGGACCGGGAUCAAGUUGUAAUCCUUUUCCAGGAUAUGCAUGAAGUUGUGACAAGAGACAUAAUGGAAGAUCAGUUUCCUAAUUUGGAUGGACCAGGCUAUGAUGCGGAUGAACAGUACCAGUUAUUUGCACCUGCAGGAGCAAUCAUGUUCCCAGCUCCAGAAUCAGAAGCUUGGAAGGAGAAAAUCAAUAGGUUGUACUUAUUGCUUACAGUGAAGGAGUCUGCCAUGGAUGUGCCAUCAAACUUGGAAGCUAGAAGACGAAUAUCCUUCUUCUCCAAUUCAUUGUUUAUGGACAUGCCAUCAGCACCCAAAGUUCGCAAUAUGCUUUCCUUCUCUGUCCUCACUCCUUAUUACACGGAGGAGGUGCUGUUUUCAUUGCAUGAUUUAGAAGUCCAAAAUGAGGAUGGGGUGUCAAUCCUCUUCUAUCUACAAAAGAUUUUCCCAGAUGAGUGGAACAACUUUCUUGAGAGAAUGGGUUGUGAAAAUGAACAUGACCUAAAAGGAAACAACGAGUUAGAGGAUCAACUACGUCUCUGGGCUUCAUACAGAGGUCAAACCUUGACCAAGACCGUUCGGGGAAUGAUGUAUUAUCGUAAAGCCUUGGAGCUUCAGGCUUUCCUUGAUAUGGCUAAAGAUGAUGAUCUGAUGGAAGGGUACAAGGCGAUUGAAUUGAAUGAAGAUCAGAUGAAGGGAGAAAGGUCAUUGUGGGCCCAGUGCCAAGCUGUAGCUGAUAUGAAGUUUACAUAUGUGGUGUCAUGCCAACAAUAUGGUAUUCAAAAGCGAUCUGGGGAUGCUCGUGCACAGAAUGUCCUGAGGCUCAUGACAGAGUAUCCAUCUCUGCGUGUAGCAUACAUUGAUGAGGUUGAGGAGCCGAGUAAAGACACAACUAAAAAAAUAAACAACAAGGUUUAUUACUCUGCUUUAGUCAAAGCCAUGCCAAAUUCUAAUGCUUCCGAAACAGGCCAAAACUUGGAUCAGGUUAUUUAUAGGAUAAAAUUGCCUGGACCUGCAAUAUUGGGAGAAGGAAAGCCUGAGAAUCAGAAUCAUGCUAUCAUCUUCACACGUGGAGAGGGCUUGCAGACAAUUGACAUGAACCAGGACAAUUACAUGGAAGAGGCCUUAAAAAUGAGGAACUUGCUCCAAGAAUUUUUGAAAAAACAUGACGAUGUGAGGUACCCUACAAUAUUGGGACUGAGGGAGCAUAUUUUCACUGGCAGUGUUUCUUCUCUUGCAUGGUUCAUGUCUAAUCAGGAAACAAGUUUUGUAACAAUUGGUCAGAGAUUGUUAGCCAACCCUUUGAAAGUUCGUUUUCACUAUGGUCAUCCAGAUGUUUUCGAUAGACUCUUUCACCUUACAAGAGGAGGUGUCAGCAAAGCCUCAAAGAUCAUAAACCUAAGCGAGGACAUUUUUGCUGGUUUCAAUUCUACACUUCGUGAAGGAAAUGUGACACAUCAUGAAUACAUACAAGUUGGUAAAGGAAGAGAUGUGGGUCUAAAUCAAAUCUCUUUAUUCGAAGCCAAAAUUGCUAACGGAAAUGGGGAACAAACUCUUAGCCGUGACCUAUAUCGACUCGGACACCGAUUCGACUUUUUCAGAAUGUUAUCAUGUUACUUCACCACAAUCGGUUUCUACUUUAGUACCUUGGUAAUUAAACCAACUCAAAAAUUUGUCAUUUCAUAUUUUAUAUUUUACAUUUCUUUGAAGCUAAAAAUUCAUCCACACUUUCCUCUUUGCUUUCAGAUAACCGUAUUGACUGUGUAUGUGUUCCUUUACGGGCGUCUGUAUAUGGUUCUUAGUGGGCUAGAGAAAGGUCUUGCUUCCCAACCUGCCCUUCGCCACAAUAAACCACUUCAAGUGGCUCUUGCUUCACAAUCCUUUGUGCAAAUCGGAUUCCUAAUGGCCUUACCUAUGAUGAUGGAAAUUGGUCUAGAAAGAGGUUUCCGGACUGCAUUAAGUGAAUUCAUUCUCAUGCAACUACAACUUGCCCCGGUUUUCUUCACCUUCUCACUUGGAACAAAAACUCACUACUAUGGUAGAACACUGCUUCAUGGAGGUGCAAAGUACAGGGCAACAGGGCGUGGGUUUGUUGUGUUUCACGCAAAAUUUGCUGAAAACUAUCGGCUUUAUUCCCGUAGUCAUUUCGUGAAAGGAAUCGAGCUUAUGAUCUUGCUUCUUGUUUACCAAAUAUUUGGUGAGUCAUAUAGAGGAGCUGUUGCUUAUCUGUUGAUCACCAUUUCGAUAUGGUUCAUGGUUGGGACUUGGCUGUUUGCUCCGUUUCUGUUCAAUCCCUCGGGUUUUGAGUGGCAGAAGAUUGUUGAUGAUUGGUCGGAUUGGAAUAAGUGGAUUAGCAACCAGGGUGGAAUUGGAGUCCCCCCUGAGAAGAGUUGGGAAUCAUGGUGGGAGGAAGAACAGGAACACUUGAGAUAUUCUGGAAAACGUGGUGUUAUAGUUGAGAUACUGUUGGCAUUACGUUUUUUCAUUUAUCAGUAUGGGCUUGUUUAUCAUUUGAGUAUGACAAAGCAUCAGAAGAGUGUCCUGGUUUAUGGCAUAUCAUGGGUCGUCAUUUUUGCAAUUUUGUUGGUGGUAAAGGCUAUAUCGUUUGGGCGGAUGAAAUUCAGUGCAAAAUUCCAACUUGUUUUCCGGCUAAUCAAAGGGGCGAUCUUCAUUAUGUUUGUGUCAAUUCUUGUGAUCCUGAUUGCACUUCCUCAUAUGACACUGCAAGACAUUGUUGUGUGCAUUCUUGCCUUUAUGCCUACUGGAUGGGGAUUACUACUGAUUGCACAGGCGUGUAAACCGGUGGUGAAAACAGCUGGAUUCUGGGGAUCAGUGAGGACACUUGCACGUGGAUAUGAGAUAGUGAUGGGUCUGCUUCUGUUCACACCGGUUGCAUUUCUUGCAUGGUUUCCGUUUGUUUCAGAGUUCCAAACACGUAUGCUCUUCAAUCAAGCCUUCAGUAGAGGUCUGCAGAUAUCUCGUAUUCUUGGUGGCCAUAGGAAAGAUCGAUCAGCUAGGAACAAAGAGUAGUAGUAGUAACCUACAAAUGCAACAUCAUGAGGUCUCUUUGUGCUGCUGUGUUUUGUUUUUUUUGGGUAGCUAGUUCUUUGUAAUUGUGCAUUCAGCAUUGAACCACUGCUAAUUCUGUCAUCACUUGGAGAAUGCGGAAUUGUUAAUGUAUCAUUUUAAUUUAAAAAUGCAUGUUGAGUUUUCGUA